UUUUAAUUCAUUUAGAAUUUUACAUGUAAGCUAUUUGGAAAAGCAAUCAAGAUCGAGAUGAAAUUUUUGAAAUUUCCAAAGAGCAAUCAAUACCAAGAAUGGCAAUCGGUUUUCAGCAUUGCCGAAAUAUGUUUAGUGUAACUUCAUUUGUCUGCAAUUCAGUUCUCCCUGGAUAUUUACGAAUUUACCGAGCCAAACCAAAUUUUUUGGUUUUUGGGUAUUAAGUGUUGCAAAAUGCAAAAUGAUAUUUCUGUUUUCUAAUUUUGGGUUUGCUGAAUGCACAGGCCUAUUAGCAUUAGCAGUGGAUAUUGGGCUUCGAUAAGAAGUCCAAGAAAUGGCUCGUAGAAGUUAAAAAACGUAGUAAGAGUUAUCAAUGAAGAAAUAUCCUCUGCCAGAAAUAUGCAGAGGAACGAGCUCAAGUUUAAGGAAAAGAAGUGACUCAAACAACUGUCAUCAAUGCCACAAUAAGGACAAAGAAAAUGUCCUACAGAUUCGGCGACGCAGUUUUCGUACCAGCUGGCUGCCCUCACCAAGCUAGAAACCUAAAGUCGUGCACAAGUAUGUCUGUCGACUUUGUUUCAGCAGAAAGUGUCGGUGAGUGGAUCCACCUGUCAACGGAAUAUCGGUUGUCUCCCUCACAAUCAUAGUUCUAAGGAAGACAAAUUGCAGGUGAAGGGAUUGGUUCUCAGCGCUGUACUUGGACAAGAUUGAUGCUAUUACGUUAAAAAGUCCAUUUGUACCACCCUCUUUUGAGCAUGGGAACGUACGCCAGAAUCCAGCUCAGCAAGGGGAGAAACCUAGUCUUUCACAAAUGAGGAGGGAGUUGGAGCGGAUAAACUCGGCUCUCGAAACGAAAGGCCACCUUUUUCAACCCCAUAUGAAAGACUCUUAAAAGAGAUUCCGCUCCUCACUGACAAAAUAAGCUUCAAUAUGCUCUUUCAGAUAUGGUACAUUUGCACCCUCUAUACGCAUCGGAAUGUACAUCGGAAUCCUGCGCUGAUGAAAAAGAAUGUGUUGGCAGGAAUAUGGGGCAUGAUCGAGAGUUGGCGAGAGAUGUAUUUUCAGAAUCAGUUAAGAGAACGUGGUGCUCUGACUGAGAAAACAAUUGAAAACCAAGAUUUAUCAAGGCAAUUAAUUUUCGGGGAGUUAAAAUGAUGCCAUUGAAAAGUUCAAAUGGAGAAACAUCUUCUGCUGGAAAUAUGCAAAUGAACGGACACAACUUAAAGAGGAAAAGCAUCGACUCGACCAAUUGCCAUCAAUGUCAUAGAAAUGACAAAGAAAAAGUCGUGCGAUGCACCAAGUGCAAGCAUAGGGGUUAUUGUAUUCUCUGUAUCAAUAAAUGGUACAGAGGGCUGCAAGAGGCAGACUUUGCUGAAGCAUGCGCAGGCUGUCGCAAAAUUUGCAACUGUACAGCUUGCAUACAUCCUGAUCUGGAGAAUAAAGACUUGUUCAUACCAGACUUACAGCUCGACAUCAACAAAAAGGUCCAGUACUCAAAAUAUAUUAUUAGAGUACUUCUUCCUUCUUUUAGGAAGUUUGUUGUUGAGCAGAACGUAGAAAGAGAAGAAGAGGCAAGAAUUCAAGGUGUUUCAGUUGCGGGACUACAGCUUCCGAAAGCCAACUUUAUCCACGGCGAUAAAGUCAAAUGCGACAACUGUAAGACUGCAAUAUUCGAUAUCCACAGAAGUUGUCUAAACUGCAUGUACAAGCUCUGUGUAACUUGUUGCCGAGAGAUAAGGAAUGGCUUCCAAUGGGGAAAUGAUAAAUAUCACGUUCAUCAUGGGGGUCGUACUUUUACAAGCAAUGACAGAUUUUCUGCAACAGCCUGUUGUUCUAUGGACCACACGAGUUUUACUUCUGAAUGGAAGCUGAUAGACAGAGGUACCAUAGUUUGUCCACCUGAAGUAAUGGGGGGAUGUGCUCAUGGGAAUCUGGUGUUAAAGUCCACAUAUCCAGAUAACUGGGUAUAGGAACUGCUAAUUAAAGCAGAGUCCGUCGAUCUCGAGGUGUGUGAAGUUUCCGAAGAAGCAUGCUCAUGUUCAGGGAGUGCAGUCCGUAAUUUCCGUUGUUCCACUGUUGUGGGCGUUGACCAAACGCACUUCCAACGGCACCUAUAUAAAGGUGAGCCUGUGAUAGUCCCUGACGUGCUCAGCAGGACGACUGGGUUGAGUUGGGAGCCAUUAGUC